UCAGUUGGAAAUUCUGCUCUUGUGUGGUACAACAUGGUUGAACAAGGUCUUGUUAAAGAACAAGUGUUUUCAUUCCGGCUCAACGGUAAAGCAGAGGAGGAAGAGGAGGGUGAAAUUGUCCUUGGUGGUGUAGAUCGCAAUCAUUACAAGCGCAAGCUCACAUAUGUUCCUGUGACAAGCAAGGGUUAUUGGCAGUUUGGGUAUAAUUCUUUCUUAUUUGGGAAUCAUUUGCUUGUCUACCUAAGGCUAGCUUUGGGGAUUGCUAGACGAUUUUUGUGCAGCUACAACACCUGGUAUGAUCCAGAGUAUGGGAAAAUGGUUGACAUGACUUGCUACACUAUAGAUGUUAAUUCGCAAGCCAUGGUAGAAAUAAAGUUUCUAUUAGUGCUCUUAAUCUUGAGGACAAGAUUCUUUAACGGGGGGAGAAUGUCAGGAGCUUGGGGUGUGAUGAGCGAGGUCAACCAUGAGCAAAGAAUGAAGGGGUGAAGACAACAAAAAGGAUGGGGACGCUAUGCUGUGGAGUUUUACUUUUAUUGAAGCUUUGCGUUUUAUCCUUGCUGGUUGUUAGUCUAUCCCACGUGUCCUGUAGCAUGGCAGUGUUAGCAAUGGAGUCUGUUGGAGGGUUGUUAUCGAUUUUGUAUAUUCAUAUAAAUAGGAGAGGAAAGAAAGAGGGAAGAUUAUUCUGAAUUGUAAUCUCUGGAACUUUCCUUGGGAGGUUUAGGAAUUGCCUCGAAUGAAUUCCUGGAGUGAUGAAUGUAUGGACAUAUCAAUUUCAGUAAACAAGAUUCAACCCA